AAUGUACAUCUUUCAUUUGUUUUUCUCCAACCGUGUCCGAGUCAUCUUCCGCAUCCGACGAUUUUCGUUUCGGUGGUUGGCGCUAGUCCGGAAUAAUUCUGGCGGAAGCCCAGGCCCGUGGGAUUUAUUUCGCGUUAUAGUGUAGGCUAAUUCGGUAAUCGUAUCCGGAUCGGUCCUCGGGACGCGGGGAGGGUUCACUGGAACCAAACUCGCUCUCUCUCUCUUCGAACGGUCGGUACGAGGUGGUGCGGCGGAUCAUGUACCAGUUGUCCGACUGGCGGUGCAUCGGUUAUCACGUUUCGUGUCGUGAAGUGAAUUAAGACACCUCUCAGGCUGAGGUGAGUGCGACAGUGCAGACCCAGUAAUUGGGGAUUAGCGGGCGCGUAAAAAAUUUCGCUGAACAGAGCGAGCAACAACCAUGUUGGUCCCAGCGGAGAUGAUUGCGGUCCAGUCGAAAACCAUUUUCCAAAUCAAUAAAUACUACGCCGAGAAGGUCCAGCUGCGGAUGGGCAACAUUUCCCGGGUGAUUCGGGAGAUUUGCAAGAUCGUUCAGGAGGUGCUACGGGAGGUGGAAGUGCAGGAGCCGAGAUUUAUCUCCAGCCUGGUGGAGUGCAAUGGCAGAUUCGAAGGCAUAGAGGUAGUUACUCCGACCUCGUUCGAGGUGGUCCUCUACCUGAACCAGAUGGGCGUGUUCAACUUCGUUGACGAUGGAUCCCUCCCGGGAGCGGCUGUCCUGAAGCUGAGCGAUGGCCGCAAGCGUUCCAUGUCGCUGUGGGUGGAAUUCAUCACCGCGUCCGGGUACCUCUCGGCGCGGAAAAUCCGUUCCCGAUUUCAUACUCUAGUCGCACAGGCGGUCGAAAAGUGUCCCUACCGUGAAAUGGUCAAACUGAUCCCGGACACGACCGAGGUUAAGCUGAAGAUUCGCGAACGGUACAUCGUCCAGAUAACGCCAGCAUUCAAGUGCACCGGGAUUUGGCCGCGGUCGGCAGCCCACUGGCCGAUUCCGCACAUCCCGUGGCCCCAUCCGGCCCUGGUGGCGGAGGUGAAGUCCGAGGGGUUCGAUCUUUUGUCCAAAGAAAGCGUUAUCCUGCAGGGGAAGAACGCCAACAUCGAAGGGGAUGCGUGGAUUCUGCACUUCACGGAAGCGGAGAAUCGACUGCUGCAGGGAGGCUACCGGAAGCGGUGCUUGAGCAUACUGAAGACGCUCUGCGACCGGCACCUGGACCUGCCGGGUGUCCCCAUCACGUACUACCAUCUGAAGACGCUGCUGCUGUACGAGUGCGAGAAGCACCCGCGGGAGGCCGAAUGGGAUGCCAACUGCAUCGGGGAUCGGCUGAAUGGGAUAUUUUUGCAGAUGAUUUCCUGCCUGCAGAAUCGACGCUGUCCGCACUACUUUCUGCCGAGUUUGGAUCUGUUCAAGGGCAAGUCCCCGACGGCACUGGACAAUGCGUCCAAGCACGUGUGGAAGCUGUGCCGGGAUAUUCUGACCAGCACGAAGGCGUUCGACCGGUUGUAAGAGGGAGCUCGAAGUCGGUAAGUCAUAUCUGAGAAUAGAAGAAGCAAAUGCUGAGUAACGAAUGUAUACGAUAUUGAGACAACAAUUUUCUCUUUUUUACUAAGUAGGUGAAAUUUUUUAACUAAUAUUUAAGUGUUAUUGGACAUGUGUUUUUUUUUCUUUGUGAGAAGAGUUAUUCGGAUGGGGCAAGUGUAAUGCGUUCAGCUUUUACUUUAACGUGAAGUUAGAGAUCGAAAUUACGCGUUUAUAUGCGAAAUGAAGGUGCAAAUAGCGGUUGAUAAUAUUUAAUGUAUUGUUUUUGAGUUAUUCUUACAGUUUAUUACCUUUAUUUACACAUAUUUAAUAGUGCAAACGAAGCUUGUUCAAUGAUAAUAUAUAACAAUUAACGGAAAUAAUAUUAGCUUUUCGGGAAAGUUCAACUUUCAGGAGUGAUAGAGA